CUUUUUAUGCGAUUCGAGAGGUGGGGUCAGUCGGAAGAUCUGGAAGAAACCAUCGAUUUGGAACGAGCCGCUCUGGAGCCUCGAGCCAGAGGCCACCCUGACCGCUCUAUGUCCCUCAUCAACCUUGCAGUAUCUCUGGGCGCUCGGUACAAUCAGUAUGGAAGGACUGAGGACCUGGAGGAGGCCAUCGAGUUGGAACGAGCCGCCCUCGAACUUCGCCCCCAAGGCCAUCCUAAUCGCUCCAUGUCCCUCGACAACCUUUCAAGCUCUCUGAGCACUCGGUACAAACGGCAUGGAAGGUCCGAGGACCUGGAGGAGGUCAUCAAGCUGAAGAGAGCUGCUCUUGAGCUUCGGCCCGAAAGCCAUCCUGAUCGCUCUGCGUCACUCGACGACCUUGCAAUCUCUCUCAGCACUCGGUACAACCAGCAUGGAAGAUCCGAGGAUCUGGAGGAGGCACUCAAGUUGCAUAGAGCUGGCCUCGAGCUUCGCCCCAAAGGCCAUCCUGAUCGCUCCAUGUCUCUCAUCAACCUUGCAAACUCUCUGAACACUCGGUUCAAUCAUCAUGGAAGGUCAGAUAACCUGGAGGAAGCCAUCAAAUUGGAACGAGCCGCCCUUGAGCUUUGCAACGAAGGCCAUCCUCACCGUUUUACGUCUCUCGGCAAUCUUGCGAUCUCUCUGAAUGCUCGGUACUACCAGUAUGGAAGGACUGAGGACCGAGAGGAAGCACUCGAGUUGCGUCGAGCCGCCGUCGAGCUUCUCCCCGAAGACCAUCCUGAUCGCUCUGCAUUUCUUAUCAACCUUGCAGGCUCUCUGAGCAUUCGAUACUAUGAGAAUGGAAGGAUCGAGGACCUGGAGGAGUCCAUCGAGUUGGAACGAGCCGCCCUCGAGCUUCGGACCGAGGGCCAUCCUGAUCGCUCCGCAUCUCUCAAUAACCUUGCAAGCUCUCUGAGCACUCGGUUCAGACAGCAUGGCAAAUCCGAGGACCUGGAGGAGGCACUCAAGUUGCAUCGAGCCGCCCUUGAGCUUCGCCCCGAGGGCCAUCCUUAUCGUUCUAUGUCUCUUGACAACCUUGCACUCUCUCUGAGCACUCGUUAUAACCAGCAUGGAAGGACCGAGGACCUGGAGGAGGCCAUUGAGUUGAAUCGGGCCGCCCUCGAGCUUCGCCCAGAAGGUCAUCCGAAUCGCUCUACGUCUCUCAGCAACCUUGCAACCUCUCUGAGCACUCGGUGCGACCAGCAUGGAAGGUUCGAGGACCUGGAGGAGGCCAUCGAGUUGGAUCGAGCUGCCCUCGAGCUUCACCCGGAAGGCGAUCCUAAUCGCUCCACGUCCCUCAGCAAUCUUGCAGCCUCUCUGUGCACUCGGUACUACAAGCACAGAAGGUUCGAGGACCUGGAGGAGGCCAUCAAGCUGGAACGAGCUGCCCUCGAUCUUCGCUCCGACGGCCAUCCAGAUCGUUAUGUGUCUCUCAGAAACCUUGCACACUCUCUGAAGGGUCGGUUCGAGCAACAUGGAGGGUCCGAGGACCUGGAGGAGGCCAUCAAGCUGGACAGAUCCGCUCUCAAGCUUCUCCCCAAAGGCCAUCCAGGUCGCUUCAUGUCCCUCAUCAACCUUGCAGUAUCUCUGGUCACUCGGUACAAUCAGCAUGGAAGGACUGAGGACCUGGAGGAGGCCAUCGGAUUGGAACGAGCUCUCGCUGCUACUCAUAGAUUCUCAGGAUUGUUACGUCGUCUUGAUGCUGCGCGACGUUGGGCAAUUCUUGCACGAUCGCACAACCACCACACUGCCUUCACAGCUUACAAGACAACAAUAUCAAUACUUCAACACGCUCUCACCAUAGAUCCAACUCUCAGUGCUCAGCAUGAUUUCCUUCUCAGGAAUAGUGACCAUAGAGUACUCACAUUGGACGCCGCUUCCUAUGCCGUGGAGAAAAAUCAAUUACAACAAGCUGUAGAGAUUCUGGAGCAAGGGAGGGGCUUGCUUUGGUCGCAAUUGCGCGGUCUUAGGUCUCCGUUGGAUCAGCUUGUCGAAACGAACGAGGAGCUUGUCGAUAGAUUCAGGAAUGUCAGUCGUCGACUGGAGAAACUCGCAACGUCGCAUGGAGCAUCGAUGCCCAGCUCAACCAUGAAUGGAAGUGGACUGCUUGAACUUGACAGCGAACGAGGGCGGAAAUCAUUUGACGAGCAUUUGAAAUUGAAGAAGCAAUUUUCGAAUGAGCAAGAGGGGAUUAUUGACGAGAUUCGACGAGUUCCUGGGUUCGAAAAUUUCCUUGAUGCCACACCAUUUGAGGUACUUCAACAGGCAGCCUCAGAGGGCCCAGUCAUUAUGGUCAACCAUUCCGAAUAUCGAUCCGACGCGCUCAUUAUCCUCGCUCGGAAUGACUUACCAGUUGUAUGUGUUCCGCUAGACAGUGCGUUCUAUGGGGAUAGUAAGAGGCUCUGCAAAAGGCUUUUGAAAUCUCGUCAACGUCGUGGAGCUGCUUCACCUCGUUAUGACGAGAAACUUCGCCGAUCGAUAAAAAUGUUAUGGCAUAGAGUCGUUUGUAAGGUCAUUAAUAAGCUUACAGAAGUUGGUGUCGCAAAAGACUCUCGUAUCUGGUGGUGUCCUACAUCGAUAUUAUCUGCACUUCCGUUCCAUGCAGUAGGUCCAUUCAGUGACACGGAUGGUACUACAAAAUACUUAUUGGACGAUUAUAUCUCGUCGUAUACUCCCACGCUCGGCGCGUUGAUUAGUGCCCGAUCUAAUGGCAACGCGGGUGAACCGAAAUUACUCAUUAUCGGAGAUACCAAGACCCUAAAAUCAACUCGAAAGGAAAUUCAGAAUAUCCGGGACAGUACUUGUGAAAGCAUAUCUGAGCGCACGAUACUCCUCAACCGCGGGGCAUCUCGACGCACAGUGAUGGAAAGUCUCCAGAAAGCGACGUGGAUUCAUUUCGCCUGCCACGGCCACUUGGGCUCGCAGCCUUUUGACUCAUCGUUCAAGCUUACCGAUCGCGGAUUGAUGUUGCUCGACAUCAUCCAGGCCAACGUCCCAAAUGCUGAGUUUGCAUUCCUAUCUGCCUGCCAUACUGCCGAGCUGUCCCAUUCUGGUGCACAUGACGAGGCACUGCACCUCUCAGCAGCUAUGCAGUUCAGUGGGUUCCGAAGUGUGAUCGGGACGAUGUGGGAGUUAUACGAUGACGAUGGGCCUUGCGUUGCAAAGGCAGUGUAUGAACACAUGAACGAAUGUGAGGAUGGUAAAAUGAGAUAUAAAAGGGCGGCUGCAGGACUUAGGAUAGCGGCGUUGGAGUUAAGGAUGAAGGAGGAGAUUCCGACUGAGCGAUGGGUUAACUUUGUGCAUAUAGGU